AUGGAAGGGGAGAAGGAAGAGACGGGGAAGGCGGAGAAGGCGGAGAAGGACGAGCGGGGAGCGGAGGCGGAGAAGGAAACGGUUGUCACGGAAGGGACGGACGAAAAAGAGGAAGAGAAAGUGGAAAAAGAGGGGGAAGAAGAGAGCGAGGAGGAGGAGGAAGAGGAGGUGAAGGAGAGGAGCGUGCAGCAGAGAGCAGCGGAGCCGGGGGAGCCUGUGUGCGCGGUGUGCGGGAGAUACGGGGAGUACGUGUGCGAUGCAACGGACCUGGACGUGUGCAGCCGCGAGUGCAAGGCCGCGUGUGUUGCGGGGGAUGUGCCACGUGUCAGAGGGAGUGAGGCGCCGGGUGGAGGACAGGGGAGGGUGGGCGGAGGAGGAGAGCGGUGUGGAAAGGCAGGAGGGGAAGCUGAGGGGCAGGGAGUGAGAGAGAAGGAGCUUGGAAAGGGGAGCGAGGGAGGAACUAAAGAGGAGGAAGAAGAGGAGGAAGAGGAAGAGGAGGAGGAAGAGGAAGUGGAAGAGGAAGAAUGGGAAGAGGAAGAAGAGGAGGAGGGCGAGGAGUAUUCAACCUUAGACACGAGCAACAGCAUUGGGAUGUCUCUUGAUGUGAUACAAAGCGGUGUGUCAGCAGCAAUAGCAGCAGAAAUCCGACUUAGUCAUCCCGACUUCUCACCCGCAUCGCAGCCGCUGCAUCGCGUGAAGAGGAGGCGGGGACGUGAAAGGAGGAUGGGAGGGGUGGUGGCAGUGGUGCUGGUUCCGUCAAGAGAGCUGGCAGUGCAGCACCAUGAGAGCAUCAAGCACCUGCUGAAGGCCGGCGCAGCGGAGACUUUGGGGGAAGCUGCUCGAACGGCAGUACAGCACCACGAGAGCAUUAAGAAGCUGCUGAGGAGUGAUAAAGCAGAGACUGAUAGCGAGUUGAGAGGGCGGGAUGGCCGCACAUUUGGGGGAAAUGCAGCAGGCAUCAUGCAGAUGGGGCGGCUGUGGCGGGGAGUGGCAGGCGAGUGGAGUGUGGGAACAAGGGAGGGGGGUGAGGGAGCGGGGUUGCUGGGCGCUGGGGGGAGGAAGAGGAGGAGAGCGGAAGUAUGGGAUGGAGGGAGUGAAGCAUUGGGAGAGGGCAUGAAUGCGGACAGGACAGAUGGCAGAGGGAGAGAAGAGGGGAAGGGAGCGGUUGGAGUGGGAGGUGGUAGUGGGCGUGGAGGAGGGGAGCGGGGUUGUGCGGUGGUGGUGGUGGCAACGCCAGGCAGGCUGAUAGAGCUGUUUAAACACAUGAAGAAGGGGCUUCGAGAAGGAGUCGCUGCUGCUGCUGCUGCUGCUGCUGCUGCUACUGGUGGUGCCGUUGGUGCUGCUUCUGGUGAUGGUGGCUCCGCUACUGCUGCUGCUGCUGCUGCUGCUGCUGCUGGUGUGGGUGCUGGUGCCAGUGCUGGUGGUGCUGCUGGUGGCAUCAAGGAGGGAGUGGAGAGCAGCAGACGGGGCGAGCCUCCGGCAGCAGGGAGAGGCAGGGUGGUGUUCCCUUCCUCCGUCUUUUACCUCUCAAGCACCAAUCCAUGCGGAAUGCCAGCCCUGAACGAAUGCUUCCCCCUUCCUACAUACUUGUCACGUCGCCACUUGUACGUGCAGGUUGUUAUCUGGGUGGAGGAGAAGCACAAGAAGACAAAGCUCUGCGACAUACUCUGCCACCCGCGGCACUUCCACCCGCCCGUCCUUGUUUUUGUCUCUUCCCGAGACGGCGCAGACCUCCUCUCCUCCACCAUCCACAAACUCACCGGCCUCGAAGCAGCUUCCGUACACAGCGGCAAGCUCGCCCCGGAUCGUCGUAACACCAUCGCACGACUAAUAACGGGGGAGAUUCCUGUUGUGGUGUCUACGGCUGGAGUGCUUGGGCAUGGGAUACACAUUCCCAAGGUGUCGCAGGUUGUGGUGUUUGAUAUGCCGGUGAAUAUGGAGGAUUAUGUUCAUUUGAUUGGUCGAGCAGGGCAUGUGGGAGCACCGGGAAUAGCCAUGGCCUUUGUUAAUAACAUCGACAAGCGCGCCAAGCAGUUCACCCUAGCCGUGGUGUGUCAUGAGGGGAAGGUCCUUCUCGGUCGCAAGCAGAGAGGGUUCGGCAAGGGUCUCUGGAUGUUCUUCGGGGGAAAAGUCGAGCCGGGCGAAGCCACGGAGCACGCCGCUGCACGCGAGCUACAGGAGGAGGCGGGUUUAGUGGCGGAGGCGCUAGAGAAGCGCGCCGAGCUGCUGUUUCACCUGGACGGGCAGCCCAAGCCGUGGCAGGUGCAUGUAUACAUAGUGGAGAGAUUUACGGGGGAAGUGUGUGCCAGUGACGAGAUGAUUCCACAGUGGUUUCCCGCCUCCGGCAUUCCCUAUGGGGAAAUGUUUCCUGAUGACAUCAUAUGGGUGCCAUGUUUCCUCAAAGGUGAAAGCCUGAAAGCUGAGUUUGUGUCCAGUGCAGACGGGAUGGUGAUGCGGCAACAUCAAAUAAUAAUCCAAUCCUAG